AUGCCAGCGAGCGUCUUGCGCAGCAAGAAGAGUCGACGAUCUUUCACUCCCGCCCAGACAAAGCAAGUUCUCCUACAGGCCCUGGGUCCUUCCCCCAGCAGAGAUCAACUGGCGCAGUUUGUGAGCACGCUGUCGGAGGAGGAGCGCAUGCUAUUCCUUGGAACUCCCUCCCCCUCUCCCGCAGCGAAGGCGGUCAGGUUCUCGCCCACCUCAAGCGCCUCCUCCGUUGAGAGCGGACGGAACAGCCGAGAAACUAGUCCUGAGGUAGAGGAGCGAGGUGAGGACGCCGUUUCUGCUCCUGGCACGCCCUACGACCGUCUGCGAUGCUCGCCCUUCAGCAUGACGCCUUCCAGUCGCUUCAUCUCGCCCCGCGUUUUUCCCUCCAUGUCUCCCUCCCUCCGAUCUGCGGACCACAAGUUCUUUGAGAGCAGGAACUCCCCAAUCCCCGCGGACUCGGUGGAAAACCUCAAGGAGGAGGUCGGCCGUCUCAAGUACUUGCUCUCUAAGUCGGAAUCCACCUGCUCCAGGCUGCUGGACGAGAAGCGCUCCCUUUCUCGCGCCCUGGACAACGCCUGGACUAUGCCGAAAGACGAGCAGCCGAAGGAGGGAGAGCGACGGGAGUCUCCGACGAGGGAAUAUGCAUGCUCCCCUGACGUAGAGAAAAAGGAGAAGACUCUACUAGAGCUGCAGGAAGCGAUCAAGGGUUCAAGCAGAGAGAAGGAGAAACUGAAGCAAGACCUUCAAGUCAGCCUGCAGGUUGAGGCAGAGCUGCGGGAGCAGGUGGGUUCGGCUGCAGAGUUACAAUGGCUGACUUGUGAGGAGGUGGAGGCGAACGAGACCGAAAUCUCACAGCUGAAGGCGGAGAUUUCGAACCUGAAGAGGCAAAGAGAAAGGGCAAGGGACGAGGUGGAGACAGAGAGAGAGCGAGCCAACAAGGCUGAGGAAGAAGUCGCAAGGUUGAAGCAAGACUUCAACAAGGGGAACAAUGCUAGCGAUGACCGAGUGCUCCAGCUUGUGGCAGACCUUGCUACAGCCAAGAGUCACAUCAAGGAGCUGGAGGAGGAGCUGGAGACGCUGCGGGCCUCGGUUUCUGACUCUCACGACUCCUGCUUCUCCGCCUCCCCCAUCGUGCCCUCCAUCGCGUGCGGGGAGCUCAUGAAGGUUAAGGAGGAGAACAGCUCGCAGCCAGCGACCGCGCGGUCGCUCGCAGUGACGGAGAGGGGCUCCUCUCCCAUACCCGAGCUCGCCGCACAGAAAGGCAACCGAGCUGAGAAGGGCACGGACGGCUGGAGCAGGGACAAGGCAAUCAAGGUCAACGAGUGGAAGGUGAACCUGGAGACCGUGGCUGCCGGCAUGCACUCGAAGCUUGACCGAUUCCCUCCUCAUUCGCCCGACUGCAGCAACGAGACGGAGGAGGAGGGUGACAGUCGCUAUGUCCUCCAAUGGUUCUCCCCUUGCCCCGAAGGAAGCUCGGACGCGUCCCUCAGCGUCUCGGAGCAGGAGCACGAAGCUCUUCUCCAUCCGUGGGGGCCUCCUCCUGUUCCCUGCUCCGUGGCCCGGUACAGGGACGGAAGCGAUCAGGACCCGCCGCUUCUUGCCAGGGACUUCCCCAAGUUCAGGAGCGAGGAGGAGGAGGAGGAGGAGGAGGAAUCUCACUGCCACUCGCCUUGCCCGAGCGACUCUGAAGGAGCAGCGAAGAAGAGCAUGGCGGGCUUGUUCCGCUUUCACUCUGCAGACUUGAUGGUGGAGAGGGAGUGGAACCUUGCAAAGCUUCUCUUCUCUGUACAGAACACUCCGAUAUCAGACGUUUACUCGGCGACAAGCCUCGUUCCUGGAGGAGGAUGCGGACUCCGGGCAUAUCAGCAUCGACCUCAUGCCAGGAUACAAUUAAAAUCUCAACUGCGGGACGGGCUGUGGAGGACAGAGGAGACUGAGGAGACUGCGAUCAAGUACGUCUUCUCAGGGCCCAAUGAAGAGCUCACUGUCAGCGAAACAUCCUUCGAGCCAAGCGCCGACCUGCUGGAGAGGUACGGGGACGACGGGUCGCGCUCGACCUUCCGGAGGUUCAUCUUUGAGGACGGGACUGAGACAUCGAUUCGUGAGAUGCAGUUUCACCACCUCGGCUACGGGCAGACAGUCUGGGAAUCAGCGAUAGGACUGGCCGCAUGGCUCAAGUCGCCUCGGAGGAAGGGGCUGUUCGAGAACCUCCGCGUGUUGGAAGUGGGAUGCGGCUGUGGCUUACCAGGGCUGAGUGUGAUACAGUCCUGCCCGAGCAAGGAGAUGGUGUUCUCCGAUUGGGAUGGCGAGAGAGGGGAGGUGCAGCUGGAGGAUCAGCUCGAAGGGAUCCUUGGUAACCUGGCGUGCAACAUCAUGCUCAACAGUGCGAGGAGGGGAGGCGUGUCUGUGCGGAGGAUCAACUGGUUCGACGCGCCGGGGGAUCGCAGCAGGUGGGAGGAGUACGAUGCUAUCAUAGGUUCAGACCUGCUGUAUGAGGAUGCGGCUGUGGUGCCCCUCCUGGAGACUGUGCGAAAGUCCUUGACGGAGGGUGGCAAGUUUUACCUGUUUGCCCCAGCGGCCAAGGAGCUGUCAAGGACCAACCAUGUCGAGCGCCUGAUCAGCAUGAUGAAGGAAAUCGGUGACGUUGAUGUCACUCCGUUCAGUCUGCAAGUGCGCGAGGCCAACGCACAAAACUUGCAAGAGAAUUUGGAGCUGCAGCUGGUCGUUUUUCAGAAGUCUUGA